GGAGCGGAGCGGAGAGAUCCGCGGCGAGAGAACAGAGAGAGGGAGAGAGAGGAGGGGAGGGGAGAGGGAGGAGAGAGGCAGGCGAGAGGGAGACACGAUACGAGGGACAGGGCGCGAGAGAGAACGACGAAGGACGCGAGUAGAAGGACGAGGAGGGAACGAGGAGGAGAGAGAGGAACGAGAGGAGACGCCGCCGGGUGACCGCGCUCCCCCCGCGCUGCUGCUGCUGCUGCGCUCGCUGCCAUGGCGAGCAGCGGGGGGCGGUAGCGAUGGAGGCGGACGUGGAGGUGCAGGAGGGAUCCGUGCGGCGCUAGCGGCCACCUCGCCCCCGCAGACAUGGAUGCUCUGGUUCUCGCCUGGACUCUGGCGUUCUCGCUCUGCGCUCCGCUCUCUUUGUUAGCCUCCUCCUCAUCCUCAUCCUCCCCGGGGCCGGGCUGGCGCGACGCGGCCAGCGGAAAGGAGGCGAUGGCGCCGCGCUGCGCCCUGCCGCCCGACGGUGCCCCCCUGCUCGUUUACGUGCGCGCCCUGCUGCCCCCGAGGACUGCCCCCCCCGGCGCCGCCAACCGCACCGCGCGCCCGCACGGCCGCGGCUGCGCGCAAGCGAGGACCCCCCUCGCGCACCCCGGCUCCCUCGGGACGGUCCCCUUGGUCGUGCGCGCGUCCGCGCCGCCCUGCGUGGCGCGGGGCCGCCGCUUGCUGAGCCUGAGGGCCGCCCCCUACUCGCCGCAGGGGGAGCCCCCCCCUGGCUCGCCGUCCGAGGGGCCCCCCUGCGAGGCGAGGCGCGUGUCCGGGGACUCGCGCCUCGCCGUGGACGCGGCUAGGGGGGCCGUGUUCGCGCGCCGCGCCCUGUGCCGCGGGACCGCGCGGAUCCUGCUUCACGCGCUCUGCCCGGGGCCCCCCGCGGUCCCGGGGUCCCUGGCUUCCCCGGAGUCGGCCCCCGGCUCCCGCGGCGGGGCGCUGCGCCGCCUCCCCGUGCUGCUCUCCCUGCGCGUGGCCGCGCCGUCUCCCGGCGCCGGCGGGGACGGCGAGGCCGAGCCGGAGCGGCCGGCGCCGCCGCCUCCGCGGAGGAGGAGACGGCGGAGGAGACGCGCCCGGGCGGCCAACAGCUACCCGCGCUUCCCGCGGAGUUCGUACGACGUGGUGAUGGCCGAGAACCAGCCGCCGGGCACCGCGGUGGUGACGCUGGCGGCCAAGGACCCGGACGAGGGCGACGCGGGCCGCUUGGAGUACUCGAUGACGGCGCUGGUGGACAGCCGGUCGGGGGACCUCUUCUCCAUCGACAACGCCACGGGCGCCGUGGUGACGACGCGCGCCCUGGACCGCGAGAGCAUGGCGCAGCACCAGUUCCGCGUGACGGCGGCCGACUGGGGCUCGCCGCGACGCACGGCCACGUGCGUGCUCACGGUGCGCGUGGCCGACAUGAACGACCACGCGCCCGUGUUCGAGCAGAGCGUCUACCGCGACACGAUCCGCGAGAACGUGGAGGAGGGCUACCCGGUGCUGCAGCUGCGCGCCACGGACGGCGACUCUGCGGACAACGCAAACAUCCUCUACCGCAUCGUGCGCGGCGACCAGAGCGUGUUCGAGAUGGACACGCGCUCGGGCAUGCUCACCACCAAGGGCGUGGUGGACCGCGAGCGCGAGGAGCGCUACACGCUCGUGGUGGAGGCCAACGACCAGGGCAAGGACCCGGGCCCGCGCAGCGCCACGGUCACCGUGGUGAUCGGCGUGCUGGACGAGAACGACAACUACCCGCAGUUCGGCGAGAAGCGCUACUCGGCGGAGGUGCGCGAGGACGUGAGGCCGCACAGCUCGGUGCUCGCGGUGGCGGCGACGGACGCGGACAAGGACAACAACGCGCAGGUGCAGUUCAGCAUCAUCAGCGGCAACAGCCGCGGCCACUUCUCCAUGGACGCAAUCAGCGGCGUGGUGGAGGUCAUUUCGACGCUCGACUACGAGCUGGAGCGCGAGUACACGCUGUGGGUGCGCGCCCAGGACAGCGGGCGGCCCACGCUCUCCAACAACUCGGGCAUCGUGACCGUGCACGUGGUGGACGUGAACGACAACGCGCCCAUCUUCCUGAGCACGCCAUUCCAGACGUCGGUGCUCGAGAACGCGGCUCUCGGCCACUCGGUGCUGCACAUCCAGGCCGUGGACGCCGACGCGGGCGAGAACUCGCGCCUCACCUACAGCCUCUCGAACCUGCCCGCCGCCUUCCCCUUCGCCAUCAACAACGGCACCGGCUGGAUCACCGUCGCCUCGGAGCUGGACCGCGAGGCCGUGGACCGCUACGAGUUCACGGUGGAGGCGCGCGACCACGGCUCUCCCAGCCUCAGCGCCUCGGCCAGCGUGAGCAUCACGGUGAUAGACGUGAACGACAACAAGCCCGAGUUCACGCACAAAACCUAUCACGUGCGUCUCAACGAGGACGCGGCGGUGAGCACCAGCGUGCUCACCGUCACGGCCACCGACCGCGACAGCAACAGCGUCAUCUCGUACCAGAUCUCGAGCGGCAACACGCGCAGCCGCUUCGCCAUGACGAGCCAGAGCGGAGGUGGCCUCGUCACCGUGGCGCUGCCGCUCGACUACAAGCAGGAGCGGAGAUACGUGCUCACCAUCACCGCGUCGGACGGCACGCUCGCCGACACGGCGCAGGUGUUCGUGAACAUCACGGACGCGAACACGCACCGGCCCGUGUUCCAGAGCUCGCACUACUCGGUGAGCGUGCACGAGGACCGCCCCGUCGGCAGCACCGUGGUGGUCAUCAGCGCCACGGACGAGGACAUGGGCGAGAACGCGCGCAUCACCUACUUCAUGGAGGACAACGUCCCGCAGUUCCGCAUCGAGCCCAACAGCGGGGCCAUCACCACGCUGGUGGAGCUCGACUACGAAGACCGCCCUACCUACACGCUCGCCAUCACCGCCAAGGACAACGGCAUCCCGCAGAAGUCCGACACCACCUACGUGGAGAUCAUGGUGAGCGACGUCAACGACAACGCGCCCAAGUUCCUGCGCGACCACUACCGGGGCUCGGUGCUGGAGGACGCGCCGCCCUUCUCCAGCGUGCUCACCGUGUCGGCCACGGACCGCGACUCGGGCCUCAACGGCCGCGUGCAGUACACGUUCCAGGGCGGCGAGGACGGCGACGGCGACUUCACCGUCGAGUCGACGUCGGGCCUCGUGCGCACCGUGCGCCGUCUCGACCGCGAGAACGUCGCCGUGUACAACCUGCGCGCCUUCGCCGUCGACCGCGGCUCGCCGCCGCUCAGGACGGCCGUGGACGUCGUCGUGACGGUGCUGGACGUCAACGACAACCCGCCCAUCUUCGAGCUCGACGAGAUCCCCAUCUACGUGAAGGAGAACAGCCCCGUGGGCUCCGUGGUGGGGCACGUGACGGCGCGCGACCCCGACGAGGGCCCCAACGCGCAGGUCAUGUACCAGAUCAUCGAGGGCAACAUCCCCGAGGUCUUCCAGCUGGACAUCUUCUCCGGCGAGCUCACGGUGCUCACCGACCUCGACUACGAGGCGCGCUCCGAGUUCGUGAUCGUGGUGCAGGCGACGUCGGCGCCGCUCGUGAGCCGCGCCACCGUGCGCAUCCACGUGGAGGACCAGAACGACAACAGCCCCAGCCUCAGCAACUUCGAGAUCCUCUUCAACAACUACGUGACCAACAAGUCCAACAGCUUCCCCGUGGGCGUGAUCGGCCGCGUGCCCGCGCACGACCCCGACGUGUCCGACCGCCUCACCUACGCCUUCGAGCGGGGCAACGAGUUCAACCUCCUGGUGCUGAACCGCUCGACGGGCGAACUGCGCCUGAGCAGCAAGCUCGACAACAACCGGCGCCUCGUGGCCGUCAUGCGCGUCAGCGUCACAGACGGCGUGCACAGCGUGAGCGCGCAGUGUGUGCUGCGCGUCGCCAUCAUCACAGACGACAUGCUCACUAACAGCAUCACCGUGCGGCUGGAGAACAUGUCGCAGGAGCGCUUCCUCUCGCCACUGCUCAGCCUUUUCCUGGACGGCGUGUCGGCCGUGCUGUCCACGCCCAAGGACGACAUCUUCGUGUUCAACGUGCAGAACGACACGGACGUGCGCGCCACGCGCAUCCUCAACGUCAGCUUCUCGGCGCUGCUGCCGGGCGGCGGGCACGGCCAGUACUUCUCGUCGGAGGAGCUGCAGGAGCAGGUGUACCUCAACCGCUCGCUGCUCGCGCGCAUCCUCGACCAGCGCGUGCUGCCCUUCGACGACAACAUCUGCCUGCGCGAGCCGUGUGAGAACUACAUGAAGUGCGUGUCGGUGCAGCGCUUCGACAGCUCGGCGCCGUUCAUCUCGUCCAGCACCGUGCUGUUCCGCCCCAUCCACCCGGUGCACGGCCUGCGCUGCCGCUGCCCGCCGGGCUUUACCGGCGACUACUGCGAGACCGAGAUCAACCUGUGCUACUCCAACCCCUGCGGCAGCAACGGCAGCUGCCUGCGGCGGGAGGGCGGCUACACUUGCGUGUGCCAGGACGACUACACGGGUGAGCGAGCCGUUGGCGAUGAUCUGCCGGGCGAGCACUGCGAAGUGAACGUGCGCUCCGGCCGCUGCGUUCCCGGCGUGUGCCGGAACGGCGGAACCUGCGUGAACCUCCUGGCCGGCGGCUUCAAGUGCGAGUGCCCGUCCGGCGGCUACGAGUGGCCGUACUGCGAGGUGACGGCGCGCAGCUUCCCACCCCAGUCCUUCGUCACGUUCCGCGGCCUGCGCCAGCGCUUCCGCAUGACCGUCACCCUCACGUUCGCCACCAAGGAGCGGAGCGGCCUGCUGCUCUACAACGGCCGCUUCAACGAGAAGCAUGACUUCAUGGCGCUCGAGAUCGUGGACGAGCAGAUCCAGCUCACCUUCUCUGCAGGGGAGAAGUCGACGCUGGUGACGCCGUACGUGCCGGGAGGCGUGAGCGACGGCCAGUGGCACACGGUGCAGGUGCACUACUACAAUCGGCCGAACAUGGGCCAGGCGGGGCUGGUGCGGGGCCCGUCGGAGGAGAAGGUGGCCGUCGUGUCGGUGGACGACUGCGACACCUCCGUCGCCGUCAAGUUCGGCUCCGUCAUCGGAAACUACUCGUGCGCCGCCCAGGGACGGCAGACCGGCUCCAAGAAAUCCCUGGACCUGACGGGGCCGCUGCUGCUGGGCGGGGUGCCCAACCUGCCCGAGGAGUUCCCCGUGCGGAGCCGCCAGUUUGUCGGCUGCAUGCGCGACCUGCAGGUCGACAGCCGGCGCGUCGACAUGGCCGGCUUCAUCGCCAACAACGGCACGCUGCCCGGCUGCUCCGCCAAGAAGGACUUCUGCGUGGGGGACCCAUGCGGCAACGGCGGCACCUGCGCCAACCGCUGGGAGUCCUACAGCUGCGAGUGCCGCCUCGGCUUCGGCGGCAAGAACUGCAGCCAAGUGAUGAGCAGCCCGCUGCGGUUCCUGGGCAACAGCCGCGUGUCGUGGGAGCUGCGGCCUGAUGUGGCGAUCUCGUCGCCGUGGUUCAUCGGCCUCAUGUUCCGCACGCGGCAGAGCAACGCCACUCUGCUGCAUGCCAGCGCCGGCCAGUACACCUCUAUCAGCCUGCAGGUGGAGGACGGCACGCUGGUGCUGGGGGUCCAGCGUGGCAGCGGCCGCUCGGAGCUGCUGCACCUCGGCACCGUGACGGUCAACGACGGCGACUGGCACAGCCUGCAGGUGGAGCUGCGGGACGAGCGGCGCGGCAAGGAAGUGCGCCACGUGGGGGUGCUGUCGCUCGACCACGGCCUCUACCAGAACUCGGGGGAGCUGGGUGGGGGUCUCCACGGCCUCAAGCUCAAGUCCGUGCACGUAGGGGGGCUGCUCGGCGCGGCGGGGGGCGACAGCGUCCAGCAUGGCUUCCGGGGCUGCAUGCAGGGUGUGCGCAUGGGCGACACGCUGUUCGGCACGGUGCUGCCGAGCCUGGCGGAGCCGCAGGGGGCGGCGGUGGGCGCCACCUCGGCCGUGCGCCGGGUGAGGGUGGAGAGCGGCUGCUCGCUGCCCGACCCCUGCGACUCGAGCCCCUGCCCCCCCAACAGCUACUGCAACGACGACUGGGACAGCUUCUCCUGCGUGUGCGAGCCGGGCUACUACGGGCAGUCGUGCACGGACGCUUGCAGCCUCAACCCGUGUGAGAACCAGUCGAGCUGCCGGCGCAAGCCCAGCUCGUCACACGGCUACACCUGCGAGUGCGGGGAUGGCUUCUUCGGGCAGUACUGCGAGUCCAGGGCCGACCAGCCGUGCCCCAAGGGCUGGUGGGGAAAUAAAAUCUGCGGGCCGUGCAACUGCGACUCGAGUCGCGGCUUCGACUCGGACUGCAACAAGAGCACGGGGCAGUGCAGCUGCAUGGCAAACCACUACCGCCCCAACGGCAGCGAGAGCUGCUUCCCGUGCAAGUGCUACGUGACGGGGGCGCUGUCGCGCACGUGCGACGGGGAGACGGGGCAGUGCCCAUGCAAGCCAGGGGUCGUCGGACAGCAGUGCGACCUCUGCGACAACCCCUUCGCGGAGGUCGCCGCGUCCGGAUGCGAGGUUUACUACGACGGGUGCCCAAGGGCCAUGGCUGCGGACAUCUGGUGGCCACGCACCAAGUUCGGGCUCCCGGCGGCCGUGCCCUGCCCCAAGGACUCCUUCGACAAGAGGCCGAUAGGCACGGCGGUGCGGCACUGCGACGACGACAAGGGCUGGCUGCCGCCGAACCUCUACAACUGCACGUCCGUCACCUACACCGCCCUCAAGGAGACGCUGGAGCGACUGGAGCGGAACGAGACGCGCAUGAUCCCCGAGCUGUCGCGCCGGCUCGCGCACCAGCUGCACAACGCCACGCGCCACACGGCGCGCCCCUUCGGCAGCGACGUGCGCGUCGCGUACCAGCUGGCGGCGCGCGUCCUCACCUUCGAGAGCGACCAGAAUGGCUUCAACCUCUCCGCCACGCAGGACACGCUCUUCACUGAGAACAUGGUCCACACGGGCAGUGCACUGCUGGAGCCGCGGCACCGCGAGCUCUGGGAGCAGCUGCAGCGGGCGGAGGGCGGCACGGCGCGCCUGCUGCGCCUCUACGAGGAGUACGCGCAGGCGCUGGCGCGCAACAUGAUGACCAUCUACCUCAAACCAUUCGCCAUCGUCACGCCCAACCUCGUGCUGAGCGUGGAACGGGUGGACAAGCACAACUUCACAGGCGACAAGUUCCCGCGCUACCACGCGGCGUUCUUCCGCGGACACACGCCCUGGGACACGCAGACGCGCGCCCUGGUGCCCGAGUCCAUCUUCCUCCCGCCCGUCAAACCCUCGGAGCGGCUCGGCUCGCAGCGCGGGGGCGGCGCCAACCGCAAGACGGCAGGGGUGGCGCCACGGCCCUCUCCGACGCCCGGCCCGGAUGACGAGGUCGACGCGACGGCUCCACCCGGGGCUCCCGCCGCCGACGGCGCAGGCGGCGCCGUGGCAGCCGCGUCGCCGGCAGAGGUGGCGCGCCGGCGCCGGCACCAGCAGGAAGAUGCGCCGCACGCCGUGCUCGCCACGCUCGUCUUCCGCUCGCUGGGGGAACUGCUGCCUCAGCACUACGACUCGGACCGGCGCAGCUUGCGGCUGCCCAAGCGACCGGUGAUCAACGCGCCGGUGCUGAGCGUGACGGUGUUCAGCGAGACGGAGCUGAGCCGCCACUCGCUCGAGCCGCCGGUGCUGCUCGAGUUCCGACUGCAGGAGACGCACAACCGCAGCAAGCCCAUCUGUGUGUUCUGGAACCACUCCAUCCCGGUGAGUGGCGAGGGCGGGUGGUCGGCGCGGGGCUGCGAGCUGCACAGCAGGAACAGCACCCACAUCACCUGCCGGUGCAACCACAUGUCCAGCUACGCCCUGCUCAUGGACAUGUCCAACAGAGAGCUGGAGAACGAGUGGAUGCUGACGGUGGUGACGUACGCGGCGGUGAGCGUGUCGCUGCUCUUCCUGCUCGUCGCGUUCCUCGUGCUGCUCUGCCUGCGCUCGCUCCGCUCCAACCGCUGCACCAUCCACAAGAACCUCAUCGUCGCCAUCUUCUUCUCCGAGCUCAUCUUCCUCAUUGGCAUCAACCAGACCGAGAACCAGUUUGCGUGCACGGUGAUCGCCAUCCUGCUGCACUACUUCUUCAUGUGCACGUUUGCGUGGAUGUUCGUCGAGGGCCUGCACGUCUACCGCAUGCUCACCGAGAUGCGCAACAUCAACCACGGCCACAUGCGCUUCUACUACUCCACGGGCUGGGGCGUCCCCGCCGUCAUCACCGGCCUGGCUGUGGGCCUGGACCCCGAGGGCUACGGGAACCCCGACUUCUGCUGGCUCUCCGUGCACGACACCCUCAUCUGGAGCUUCGCUGGGCCCGUCUGCUUCGUCGCGCUGAUGAACAUCAUCAUCUUCAUCAUGGCCGCCCGCGAGUCGUGUGCAGCCUCUAGGCGAGGCCUCAAGAACCCCUACACUAUGGCCGACCUGCGCACGGCCUUCCUGCUGCUGCUGCUUGUCAGCACGACGUGGCUGCUCGGGCUGCUCGCCGUCAACAACCACCUCAUCAUCUUCCACUACCUCUUCGCCAUCUUCAACAGCCUGCAGGGUUUCUUCAUUCUGCUGUUCCACUGCAUCCUGGACCCCGAGGUGCGCGAGGCGUGGCGCUUCUCCUGCUUCGGCAAGAAGCGCCAGGGAGACGACACGGGCAUCACCACCAAGACCUCGCUGCUCUCGCGCUCGCUCGCCUACAACAACGCGUCGGCGUACGAGGACGGAACUCCGCACCGCAUCAACAUCGGCACCUCCACCGUGUCCUCCGUCAGCACCGGGCGCUCCGCCAAGAGCUUUACCAGCCACAGGGACGAUCUGAAGCACAGCGCGCCGGGGGCCCAGGCCGGCGCCACGGAGUUUGACUCGUCGCUGUUCCACAACCUCAAGGGCGACCAGGACGAGCCGGACUCGGACUCGGACAGCGAGCUGUCGCUGGACGAGGAGCACAGCAUCUCACUGGCGUCGACGCACUCGUCGGACAGUGAGGAGGAGGAGGAGGAGGACGGGAGGGGCUACGGCGGCGAGCGCGCCUGGGACACGACGCCGGCGCCGGCGCACAACAGCAGCAAGGGCAACGGGGAGAAGCUCGUGCACAGCACGCCCAAGGUGGAGUACGAGUUGGGCCGCGUGAAGCCGUACUGGCCGGGCGAGUUCGUGACAACGGCGAGUGAGAGCGAGGGACCCGCGGGCGGAGGAGGCACGGGCGAGCGUCUCCGCAUCGAGACCAAGGUGAACAUCGAGCCGCACCCCGAGGGCUCGGUGCCGGAUGGCCUCAAGCUCAACGGGGACGGCGUGGUGGGGGGGGCACGCGACGCCGCACCCACGCCCGUUCCCGCACAAACGGAGAUCCGCAAAGGAAUCCUGAAGAACCGAGUGCCGUACCCCACGCACCCCUCGGCGGAGCGACGCACCGAGGGCCUCAAUGCCAUCAACCGCAUCCACACGGAGCUGGCCGGCUCUCGGCACGGGGGCGGCGGGCGCACGCGGGCGCCCUCUGCGGGCUCCAGCGAGGGCAGCCGCACGGGCACCGGCUGCUCUUCCUCAAAGUUCUCGAGCCGGCAGUCGUCACGCGAACGUCUCAACGGCAUCAACCGCAUCCCCAUGAGCGUCACCGGCGGCAGCGCUGGGAACACCGCGGCAGCCACGGGCGCCGGGGCCGGCCACCCCAAUGCCGGCCAGCCCGAUGACUCUUCCGACUCGGAUGGCAGCAAUGAGACCUCCAUCUGAGCAGGCGCCCGGACCGUGGCGGCACCAUCGCUUCCUGUGAUGUCAUUGCCUGCGCCGCCCACCCCCCCACCACUACCACGCGCGCCCUCCCCUGGCCUGGCGCGUGAGAGACGAGGUCAGAGGGAGCGGAGCGGCGGCGGCGUUUGUACCGCGCGCGCCUACUCCCGCGCUCCUUCCGCUCGGCGGGGGAUCACUCCUCCCGCCCCCCUCCCCCCCCCCCCGAUCCGCUAAGCCCCUGCGGCUCGUGGGGGGGGGGGGGCACCACGUGCCAAAGGAAAAUGCCCGGCGCGGGGGCGAAAGGUGAGUUGGCUCCGCGUGGCCGAGACGUCAUCACGUUGUGCCUGUGCACAGAGUGCCCGGGACCAGCUGCUCGGCGCGGGGGAAAGACGUCAGCUGACACGGCGCGGAGCCUGUGGACCUUCCACUGCCUAGCAAUCGUCGCCUAAGCAGCGGACGCUGCCACCGCAGAAGUGGCGGCGGUGGCGCCGCCGUGGAGGGCGGAGGCCUCGAGACGGCGCCGGUUCGCUCGCCUGCCCGCCUGCCCGCUCUCGCCGCCGAGAGGCCGGGUGGAGCAGCACGGGAGCGCAAGUGUUUUGCCGCGGCGGCGGCGGCGGCACAAGUGCAGCUCCCACCCCUCUCCUCCUCCGCAGCGAUGGGAACUGCCAGGACAGACGCAGCCCUCGGAACAGGGUGCACUCUUCCGAUUGGUUGAUACAUAUCACAUGACUACGGCGGACUGAACUGAUGAGUCGCAUCAGCAGGCAUUCUGGGAAAUCUUCCAACGCGUCGCCUUUUUUUCCAAACAGGGAGAACUGUUAUAUUUGUAGAUACUUUCUAUCAUCGUUUCUAAUGUCGUCGGCAGGCGAGGUCUCAUUUGUACAUUGGUUUAUUUUGUACUGAUUUUUAUUAACUUGAUUUCUGUCGUCGUCGUUGUUGAAUAGCAUGAGAAUUGAUUUCGUUUUUUUUUUCUAAAGUCUAAUUUAAGCUGCACACGAUGAGACUUGAAUGUGGCUGUGGAAGUCAGCGUCUCCCCGCCCUCCCCCCCCCCCCCCAACAUCGUCUCCAGAGACAAGAGUACAUCAGUCGGACACUGUUAUGACCCCGACUGUCAGUCCGACACUGUUAAACCUAGAAUCAGUCCAACACUGUUGAGGCUUGAGAGUCAGUCACUGUUAAAAUUCACUCCGACUGCCACUAGUGCCCCCUCUCGCUGCAGGCAGUCGGUGUAGCGAAGCACUCUGCAACCCGCGCUCCAUCGGAGGGGGGGCAGCGGCGCUCACGCUGCAGAUAACUCCCCCCCCCCCCGCCCCACUAAUUUCGCUCAGCUUGCGUUUUUCAGCAACGCCGCACACCCCCCGCACCGCCCCAGCUGUGCCGUAGCGGUUGCGCCCAGGGGAGGCACGAGGGCCAGCGUUGGGCAACGCAGAGAAGCACUGGGAAGAAGCAUGGGAGAGUGCGGGCAGCCACCCCCCCCCCCCCCAGACGACUCCUGGGAGUUUGUAUAUUUGGCUGUGGGCGAGGAAUGCGCCGUAGAGUUCCCUCCCCUGGGGCCAUUCACAUUCACAUCUUCUGUGAGAAUUUUUUGUUUUCAUUUCUCCUGUUUCACGGAACGAAUAUUAAAUGGAUGUCAACAUUUCCUGUCUGUAAGCUAGAGCCUGGUUUUUUUCACUGGAUGUAUUUAUUGAUGUGUAGGACGUAGCGAAGAGGUCUUUACGUGAACAGCAGCCUUUUCUACACUGCGUGUGUUGGGGCUCGGCACCCCCAGACACUGCCGCGGCGGCAGGCAGCGUGACGCGGCCGAUUAAUUCAAAAGGGAAGGUUUCUCACCGAAGGACGAUGGCGUUUUCGCUUCCCCUGUUUUGACAUCGACUUUUGUGGACUUUAUUAAAAACAAAGUGAAAACUG